AUGGCGAGAAUAACAAAGAGAAAGAAGGGGAAGACAGCAAGAGCUUCACGUAGAGGAUUGCUUGGUAUUUGUGCUACAACAAUUGGGAAGAAAAAAUCAAAGCAAUUUCAAAAACGGUCUGAAAAUCGUGAAAGUAAGGAAGAUGAGCGGAAAUUGGAAAAUAUUUUACGUGAAAAUGUUUCUUUAAAAGAAAAGCCAGCUGAACGACGACCUCCACAUUCUUUUAUUAUUCACAUUGGGAAAGUUGGCCCUUUUGUUAGACAACUAGAAAGGGAUUUGAGAAGAGUAAUGAGUCCACAUACUUCUGGGGAAUUGAAGGUCAAAAAACGAAACAAUUUAAAAGAUUUUAUUGUAAAUUCGCAAUAUUUGGGUGUCUCACAUUUACUUAUUUUGACGAGAUCGGAGUUGUCUGUAAACCUUCGAAUUAUUAAAAAUUCACAAGGACCAACUUUGCACUUUAAAGUGGAGAAAUAUUGCUUGGCCCAUGAUGUUUUAUCAACUCAAAAACGUCCCCCUAUUUAUGAAGAACUUUUUAAAAAUGCACCUUUACUUGUUAUGAAAGGAUUAGCUUCAAGUAAUGAAAGACAUUUACAGUUGGUACAAACUGUUGUGGAAAAUAUGUUUCCUGAAAUUGAUGUUGAUAGGGUCAAAUUGGGAACAAUUAGACGAACUCUUCUACUUCAUUAUGACCCCGAAGAAGGCUUAUUUGAACUUAGACAUUAUUCAAUAAAAACAGUUCCAGCAGGUGUUUGUCGCUCAGCAAAAAAAUUAUUGCAAAAUAAAGUUCCCGAUUUAUCAAAAUAUAAGGACAUUAGUGAUUUUAUGUUAAAGCCUGGACAACUCAGCGAUAGUGAAUUUGAAGGGGAACAAGUAGAAUUGGAAUUAAAACAAGAUAUUGGUGGAAGAGGGAAAAAAGCUGGGCAGAAAACAAAAUUAAGAUUAAUUGAAAUAGGACCAAGAAUGACUUUGCGUUUAACAAAAAUUGAGUCGGGAAUUAAUGAUGGAGAAGUUUUGUAUCACGCUUUUGUUGAGAAGGAUGUGAAAGAAAUUGCAGUAUUGAGGAAACAAGCACCUCUUUCAAGGUUUUUUUAA